AUGCUGAAGCGUAUGAAGAUUGGCAAGAUCUUUCUUUGGUAUAGUGAUUGGUGUAACAAGCCGUUGGGUAAAGACCGGCGCAAGAAGGAGCAUCAUAGGGAAGAGUUUCUGGAGGUCAGGCGUAUCGAGCGGGAGAUUCGGAGGAAAAACCUGAAGAGGAUGCGUGUCAAGAAGAAGAAGGCUUCCUAG